AUGGGUUUCCCAACUGCACCGAAGCCCAAGACCCCACUUGGCUUCCAUCGCAUCCUCUCCCCGACUGCUGGAGUCAAAGUAUCGCCAAUCUGUCUCGGCGGCAUAAGCAUCGGCCACGAAUGGAAGUUUUACACCGGCAAGAAUGAAGAACCAUUCAGACUCCUAGAUACCUUCUACGAAAUAGGUGGCAAUUUCAUCGACACCGCGAGUAACUACAACAACCAGAUGUCAGAAACACUCAUCGGCCAGUGGAUGGAAGAGCGUGGUGUUAGAGACCAAAUGGUGAUUGCGACGAAGUACACCGCGGGUUAUCGUGCAUUCGGCGACAAGCCUGAACCUUUACAGUCGAACUUCACCGGCAAUUCUGCCAAGAGCAUGCAUAUUUCGGUGCGCGACAGUUUGAAGAAGCUGAGGACAGACUAUAUCGACAUUUUGUAUGUUCACUGGUGGGACUAUGCGACGCCAGUUGAGGAGGUGAUGAGAGGUCUCCAUGUUCUCGUUAUGCAGGGAAAAGUUCUUUACCUAGGUAUUAGUAAUACUCCAUCUUGGAUUGUUGUGAAAGCCAAUGCCUACGCGAAACAGCAUGGCUUGACUCCCUUCUCCGUCUAUCAGGGCAACUGGAAUGCGGCCUUCCGCGACAUGGAAGGCGAUGUGAUCCCCAUGUGCGAAGACCAAGAUAUGGCGAUUGUGUCUUGGGGGUCAUUGGGAACUGGUUCGCUGCUCACAGCCCAGCAACGAAAAGAAAGGGAAGCUGAUCCAGAUGCACCGAGGCCUCAGAUCUCAGAGGUUGCGCUAAAGACUAGUGAGGCCUUGGAAAGAAUCGCUGGCCGAAAGGGAACAACACUACAGGCUAUUGCACUGGCAUACUUAUUCCACCAAUCCACAUACGUAUUCCCCAUCGUGGGAGUCAAUACCGUAGAGCAUAUCAAGGCUAUGCCCGAAGCCUUGAAGAUCAAGCUUACGAAAGAGGAGAUCGACGAGAUUCACGAAGCAUCUCCUUACAAUCCUGGAUACCCCAUGAACUUUACACAGUAUAUGCAGCCAGUCAAAUAUGAUCUUUCCUGGACGCCUGCAGAUAAUCAGCAGUACCAAAUGUCGGCUUGGAUAGAUGCUCCUCCCAAGCGCCUGCCAUACCAAGCGAAAACUUGGUAG